AGUGCUGGCAGCCUUAAUGUUAGGAAAACCAAGUAAUGGCGCUAAAGGAGAAAGGAAUUGCUGCAGAGUUUCUUUCAUCAACAAAAACGGCAGAUGCAAAAAAUAAGAUUCACGAGGACCUUGAUUCUGGAAAACCAUCUAUAAGGCUGCUAUAUGUGACUCCAGAGUUGAUAGCAACCCCAGGGUUUAUGUCAAAGCUGAAAAAGAUUUAUUCUAGGGGGUUGCUAAGUCUCAUUGCAAUUGACGAGGCACAUUGCAUCUCUUCUUGGGGCCAUGAUUUCAGACCUAGCUACCGUAAGCUUUCAACUCUAAGAAGCCACCUACCAGAUGUACCAAUAUUAGCUCUGACUGCUACUGCUGUUCCCAAGGUUCAGAAGGAUGUAGUGGACUCCUUACAGAUGCAAAAUGCAUUAAUGUUAAAGACUUCUUUUAAUCGUCCUAAUAUAUAUUAUGAAGUUAGAUAUAAAGAUCUACUGGAAGAUGCUUAUGCUGAUUUAUCUGAUACACUCAAAUCUAUGGGAGAUGUCUGUGUCAUAAUUUACUGUCUUGAACGUUCCAUGUGUGAUGACUUGUCAGCUCAUCUAUCUCAAAGCGGCAUUUCUUGUGCUGCUUAUCAUGCAGGACUGAAUAAUAAAAUGCGAACUUCCGUGCUAGAUGAUUGGAUUUCUUCAAAAACAAAAGUUGUUGUUGCCACUGUUGCUUUUGGGUAUGGCAUUGAUAGAAAGGAUGUGAGAAUUGUGUGCCACUUCAAUAUUCCGAAGUCCAUGGAAUCAUUCUAUCAAGAGUCAGGCAGAGCUGGUCGUGAUCAGUUGCCCUCUACAAGUCUCUUGUACUACGGAGUAGAUGAUCGCAAAAGAAUGGAAUUUAUAUUAAGAAACUCAGGUAGCAAGAAGUCACAAUCAUCAAAUUCACAAGAAUCAACCAGAAUGUCCCUGACUGCUUUCAAUCAGAUGCUUGAAUAUUGUGAAGGAUCUGGAUGUCGUAGGAAAAAGAUUCUCGAGAGUUUUGGAGAGCAGGUAACAGCAUCACUAUGUGGAAAAACAUGCGACUCCUGUAGACACCCAAACUUAGUUGCCAGAAAUUUGGAGGAUCUCACGGCUGCUUGUUCUCUACGCCAGAAAGGAGGUUCUCGAGUUUUCAUCACCAGUUCCACUGAUGCAAUUGUUGGAGAACAGUUAUCUGAAUUCUGGAAUCGAGACGAGGAAGCAAGUGGAUCAGAGGAAGAUAUUUCUGACUUAGAUGAGGGUAAUGAGGUUGUCAACAAUCUAGCCCGGUCAAAGGUUCAAUCUAGACUGGGAAUAAAUGAAAAGCUUGAUUUGCUACAGAGGGCAGAAGAAAAGUACUAUCGAAAUGAGAACACCAAUAAACAGAGCAAUAAAGUGGACAAGAAUGCUAUUUCUGAUGCAUUACGAGGGUCAAGCAGGCAGAGAUUACAAAAUGCUUUAAAACAGGCUCAGGAACGGCUUGGCGACUCUAAGAUUGAAAUGGAAGCUUCGGCAUCUCUUCUCGAAGAUGAAUGCUACAAGAAAUAUGGCAAGACCGGCAAAUCAUUCUAUUAUUCCCAAGUGGCAAGUACUAUCAGGUGGUUGACAACUACAAAUUCCGACAAUCUAAUGAACCGACUUCGUGCAGUUGAUGUUUCCUCAUCAUUGAAUGUCAUCUCUGAAGUUGAACAUUCCCUCACACCACCACCCGCUUCAGCUCCUUGUGCAAAAGAAGAAACUAGCAAUGAGGUCUCAGGCAAUGCUGCGACAGAAAUAAUCCCAUCUGAUGUGCCAAUAGAAAAUUCUUUUAAUACAAACUUACCGCCGAUACCAUCCUUCUCUGAAUUCGUAAACAGUAGGAAAGCGAAAAGGGACCAAUCAGGUGACACAAAAAAACACUCAUCAAGAGUAGAAAAGAAGACGAGGAUACAAUAGAUUAACUCUUGCAUGUACUAGUAUUGUUUGAGUUUUAGUUACAAUAUGCAUGAAGUGCCAACUUUGGGUGAUUUCAGAAAUACUCUAGUUUCAUCUUUCACACAAGUCAUGAGGCAUCUGAUUGAUUUCCUGUCUUAUUUUUCUGAUACUAAUUUUACAUUUAUUAUUCUUCA